AUGGAUCACGACAGAAAGGAGUCUGUGGAGAUGAAGGAAGACCCCAAUGGCGAGGUCACGCAGCAGGACCGUGAAUUGGCCGAGGCUCUUCGCAAUUACGUCCCAGGCACUGUCGAAGAAAAGAAGCUCGUCAGAAAGAUUGACUUCUUCCUCAUGCCCAUCCUUUGGCUCAUGUACAUCCUGAACUACAUUGACAGGACCAACAUCGGCAAUGCCAAGAUUGCGGGUAUGCAAAAGGAUCUCAAGCUGACUGAUGACGAUUACGCCUGGGUGCUUUCCAUCUUUUUCUUCGGGUACCUCAUCUGCGAAGUCCCGUCCAACAUGAUUCUCUCCCGAAGCCGACCGUCCAUCUUCCUCCCCGGCAUCAUGCUCGUCUGGGGCGCUCUGAGCGCCUUAAUGGCAAUCUCCAAGACCUAUGCUGCCCUGCUCGGAUUCCGAUUCAUCCUAGGAUGCAUUGAAGCAGGAUUCUUCCCUGGUGUUUUGUAUCUCUUGAGUUGCUGGUACACCAAAGCCGAAUUGGGCAAGCGAUUUGCCAUCUUCUACACCGCCGCCGUCCUCUCCGGCGCCUUCGGUGGUCUUCUUGCCGGCGCCAUUACUUCCAACCUUCACGAUGCGCACGGCAUCGCGGGGUGGCGAUGGCUCUUCAUUGUCGAAGGUGUUGCGACUGUCGGAGUGGCGAUCUGCGCCUUCUUCAUUCUGCUGGACUAUCCCGAGACAUCGACACGCCUCAACGAGUCUGAGCGGCAGUUGGCCAAGCUGCGAAUCAUCCAAGACGGAAUCGCCGAAUCCGGUGGUGCUACGCGUCGGCUGACCCACUGGGAGGCCUUUGUCGCAGCCGUGUCUGAUCCCCGGACUUACUUGUUCCUGGUUCUGUUCAUGCUCGACGUCGGUGCAGGUACCAUUUCCUACUUCAUCCCCACCAUUACCGUGUCUCUGGGCUACGAAACCACCAAGGCCCAAUACAUGACUGUCCCCAUCUACGCCGUCGCCGCGGUAUGCCUCAACAUCGUCGCCUGGUCGUCUGACCGUGCUGGCGAGCGACGCUGGCACAUUGCCGGGGCGCUGGGAGUUGGCUUCGCCUGCAGUGUUGUGUGCGCCGCGGUUCACACGGCGGUGGUGCGCUAUGUCAUGAUCUGCUUUGUUGCAGCUGGCAUCUGGACCGCCCUGCCACUUAUCAUGACCUGGACGAGCGGCGUCAUCAGUUUGCCGGCGGAGAAGCGCGCCGUCGUGCUGGCCUUGGUCAACGCAUUCGGCAACUUCUCCAGCGUGUAUGGAAGCCGAAUUUGGAAGAGCAGUGAUGCGCCUGGGUAUCCGAUAGGGUUCGGAGUCACGGCCGGUUUUCUGGGAUCUGCCAUGAUCUUGGCCGCCCUGAUUCCUGUUGUGUGCCGGCUGGUAGACUGGAAGGGAACCAAGGCUGAGAGGGAGCUAGCACAAGCGAGGGAGGUGCAGGAAGAAUGA